AGCAGAUACACUUCGAUAACCCUCUCCUGGCUCUUGGAGUUAGCAAGUCCUUAUAGACAGAGAUCAGCCUGCACAGAGCAGUGCCUGCUGCAGUCUUCUUGGCGUCGGAUUCUGCGUCAGGCAAGGCUGCAGCUGCGUCAAAACCAGCGUCAAUGUUUCAGCUGCCUAUUCUGAACUUCAGCCCCCAGCAGGUAGCUGGGGUGUGCGAGACUCUGGAGGAGAGUGGGGACAUUGAGCGAUUGGGUCGCUUCCUGUGGUCCUUGCCAGUGGCCCCUGCAGCAUGUGAGGCCCUUAACAAGAAUGAGUCGGUGCUCAGAGCCAGGGCCAUCGUGGCCUUCCACACCGGGAACUUCAGAGAGCUCUACCAUAUUUUGGAGAACCACAAAUUCACCAAGGAAUCCCACACGAAACUGCAGGCUCUGUGGCUGGAGGCUCACUACCAGGAAGCGGAGAAACUGAGGGGGAGACCCUUGGGGCCAGUAGACAAGUACAGAGUAAGGAAGAAGUUCCCACUGCCCAGAACUAUUUGGGAUGGGGAGCAGAAGACACACUGCUUUAAAGAACGAACCAGGCAUUUGCUUAGGGAAUGGUACCUGCAGGACCCUUACCCGAACCCCAGUAAAAAGAGAGAACUUGCGCAGGCAACAGGACUUACCCCUACACAGGUAGGGAACUGGUUCAAAAAUCGAAGGCAAAGGGACAGAGCAGCGGCGGCUAAAAACAGGUGUGUAUCCAUACUAAUCAUAUUGUUAUAUUGUUACUGUGUGAAUUGCAACAAUGUAUCAACGGCGAGCGCGCUUAGAGCUACCCAGAAAGAACCCACUACCGAGCUUCCUCACAAUGACCAUUGACUCUCUGAAUUCCAAUCCCUUUCAAAUGAUAUUUUAUAUAAGGAAAGAAAUAAUCAUCUGCAGCGUUUUCAUAAAUGUAUCUCCUGUCCUUAUUGUUUACAUUUCUGUCUUCAAAAACAAUUCUAAAAUAAGUUACACAGUUUAGCAAUAUAGAAUUAUUGUUUAUUUACAUAAUAAAUAUUGUUUGUGUUCUGUGAUACCGGAUAUCAAACAAAAAUUGUAUUAUUGGAUGGAAUGAGAGCUUAUAUUUUACAGCGUUAUAAUUGUCACUACAAUUAUUUUUAUUAUAGUCUGAAUUUAAAAUAAACUUCACAAGUCAGAAGCCAUUUGGCUGCGCUUUGCCACUUCCAUGACUAUUAAUUCCUUUAACUAAAAGUCCAAUGUUAAUCUCUUCAGUCAUAUCGUAAUCAGAUUUAAAAAGCUUUAAGCACCAUCUCUUUUCGCUAAAUCUUUCUACCUAUAUUUUUAAAAACACAACAUAUAUAUAAAUACACACACACACACAUAUAUAUAUUUAUAUGCAGAGUCGAUAGUUUUAAAGAUAUAAUUAUCUAUAGGCUUUGUAUUAAUAACAAUACGUUUAUAACCCUUUAUUUGCAUUCUGUGUACAGGAAUUUUUUCUGCCUAAAGAACGAUUAGAAAUGAUAACUAUAUAUGUAAAUAACAAUAAUUCAUUAUUCAGUGUGAGUGUACCAGCCAAAUAAAUACAAGGCAUCGAGAUAAAAUAAUGUAACCUUUUGGUGUUUGACAUAGUAAAAGGUUUGACUGUAAGACAAAGGUAUAAAUCUAUUCUGUACACAUGCAUACCAUAAUACAGAAUCCAGGCUAUGUACAGAAAUCCAGGGGGUAUUUAUUGUACGCAUUAAUGCAGUAAUUAAAGUAUUCUUUUAGGCUAGUUUGUCUGCCAUCUAUAUCUGUUCAAAUAGCACAAUUGUAUCUUUGCUAAAGGCCAUUUAUUUAUUUUCUGUAAGCUCCAUAUUCCGUGUUAUUUUGGCCGCAUUCUAAAGGUUAAAAUGUGUCCAAAUGGAUUAAUGUUGUGCUCUGGUUUUGAAGAGUUUAUCUGUUAAUUGAUAUCAGCCAUAGUACUUUCUUAAUCUGUUUGCCUGUUUGAUAAGCAAGACGUGUAACAUGGGAAGGAGGCUGUAAUGUGGGGUCAAUCAAUAUGUAACUCAAUGGAAUGUUCGCACACACAUUGUUCCACAUUAGAACGUUGCCCCAGAACAGUCCUGUGAUAAUAAAACACAGUGUGAAUAAAGGCUGUAUAUACAUGGUGGUGGUUGUGUUGGUGGGGGAUGGGGUGGGGGUGCAAUAAGAGUCCUCUGAUUUUGUAGCUAUUUUUUUUCCUUGACUUAUGGUGACUGUCUCCUCUGUUGUGUUUUGUCAGACUGCAGCAGCAGGUCUUAUCCCACGGAUCUGGACGCUCAUUGGGCCCUGAUGAGCGAGGGGAACAAUUGGGCUCAGCCUCCAGUCCUGCAGCUAGUUUGUCCAGCAAAGCGGCGACCUCUGCUAUUUCCAUCACGUCGAGCGAUAGUGAAUGUGACAUCUGACCUAUGGGGCGUACUUAGCGCAGCAAAAACCAGGACAUGAGACCCAGUACAGUGCCUGACUCACAGUAACAGCCUUGGCCACAGGGUCAAACAUAGGCUGUCACUUAAACCAGGGAGUGCUGAUCAUAAUGUCACAUAAACCCACACUAGAAGACUGUAAGAUUUGUCACCUUUGUUUUUGGGGACUUUCUCAUAAGAUGCCUGAAAUGCCAUGCUGCCAAGUGUCUGAGCGCCUGCCCUAUAUCUUAUGUGGAUAUUUCAUGUUGAAAGAAGACGCUAUUAUAAUAAUAUUUUUUUUUUUUUGCUUUACUUUAAAAUGUGUUUUUUAUAUAAUAUAUGAUGACUUAUUUAAGGGAUUGCCAAUGUUAGAAUUCCUCUGCUUGUCUGUAUGUGCGCAGGUGACUAGUAGACAGCAUGUGCGCCAAAUCUAUGGAUCUAAUGAGGGAUGCUGAAAUAAAAUGUGUGGUGAGCAUCAUUUCUUACUAAAUUUGCACAUUUUCUUCAUUAUUUUUGUUGUUUUAUAUACAUCUUCAAAUCCUACUACUUUACAUUCCAAGGGGUGUUUAUAUGUGUCCUGUUUAAACAUUCCUUGUCUGGAGUACAACAAGCUUCUCCC